AUGGCUUUGGGUUUUGGAUCUCGCCUGUGGCGUGUUUCCGCUUCUAUAGUUCUUCUCUUUGCUACCUCGACCACAUCAACUACUAUCGAAGAUGGCAAGCUGUUCACCGUCAAUGGAAUCAGCUAUUAUGGCGGAGGCACUGCUGUCUCCAAGAUAGUGACCUCCGCAGAUUUCAGUACAACCCAAUUCAACGCGGAUAUUGUUCCUAUUACUAUCAUUCGAACAGAUGAUGCGGUUCUCACAAAGGACAGUCUGAAGGAUAUUAUCUCAAACUAUUCCGACUCCGAUGAUGUGUUCCAGACUGGAUUCCUCCAGUCGGUGUUUCUGCUCUACGACGGAGCUGGUCGGAGCAAAGCUGACAUCUCAAGCCACCAAGCUCUGCAGAAGUUUGGAAGCAAAGUCGUAAUGGCUUCGCCUCGCUAUCGACCUGAAGCAUAUCUUACACCUGCCAAGCUGUUGCAUGACCUACCCAAGGGACCCUACUUUUUCUCGCCCCAGACCGGAGAGGUUUAUCAAGCCUUCCGUCUCUAUUCAGACCACCAAGUUGCUUUCACUGAAGGAGCCCUGAGCGAUGGAAAUGGAGGAUUCAAACCUUUGCCUGCAGCCGCAUCGGGAGCAAUGACAAAAAGUGUGGCUGUUCCAUCCCGGCUUUACUAUACGCCCACUUCUAAAAAGCCACUUGCAGGAUUACGCUUGGGUGUCAAAGACAUUUACCACAUCAAGGGACUGCGGACUAGUGGAGGUAACAGAGCCUACUAUGAUUUGUACUCACCGCAAAACACCACCGGUCCCGCAAUUCAACGCUUGAUCGAUCAAGGUGCUAUUGUGGUCGGAAAGAUGGGCACUGUUCAGUUUGCAAACGGUGACAACCCCACCGCUGACUGGGUCGACUUCCAUUGUCCUUUCAACCCGAGAGGUGAUGGCUACCAAGCUCCUGGUGGCUCAUCUUCAGGACCUGGCGCCGGCAUUGGUGCUUACGACUGGUUAGAUAUUGCCGUGGGAAGCGAUACUGGUGGCUCCAUGCGCAGCCCAGCAGGCAUGCAAGGGCUAUUUGCCAACCGUCCUUCUACUGGUGCCGUCUCCCUGGAUGAUGUUAUUCCCCUCUGCCAUGCACUCGACACAGCUGGUGUCUUCUCCCGCAAUGCUGCCACCUGGUCAAAGGUUCUUCAUGCUUGGUACCAGAACUUUACUGAUUACAGGGAAUAUCCUAAGAAGAUCUUCUAUCAGGACUCUUCAUUCCCUGCCACAAACACCUCAGCUGGUGCAAUGCUCGAAGAGUUUGUUGUCAAGGUCGAAGAUUUCCUCGCCACGAAGCGUGAGCAUGUUAAUAUUUCUUCGCAAUGGGAGAAAACCCAUCCUUCAACAACAGCCGGCGCCAUCAACGACGUGUUAAAUACAACAUACGCUUUCUUGGUAUCCGUUGACCAAUACCGCUCCCUUGCACUGCCAUUCUACGCAGACUACGCUAAGAAGCACGAAGGUCGACGGCCCUUCAUUAACCCAGGCCCUCUGGCACGAUGGACAUGGGGCCAGAACAACGGUGGUGACGCCGCCUUUACAGAGGCUCUCAAGAACAAGACCAGCUUCAAGAACUGGUGGGAAACAGACGGAUACGGCAAGGCAGACGAAAAGACUUGUUCCGAGGGAAUCUAUCUCUACCCCUACACACAGGGAGACACGCAAUACCGCAAUGUCUAUUUCAGUGCCCCAACCGCACCUCCUCUAGGCUUUUCAAAUGGCCGUAUCGCCGUCUUAGCUGGUACCCCUGAUAUGAUUGUCCCUGUUGGCGAGGUUGCUUAUAACUCUACUAUCUCGCUUAAGACGGAGUAUAUGCCAGUCACAAUGAGCUUUGGGGCUGCCAGAGGCUGUGACUUCAUGUUGGUGAAUCUCAUUGAGGAUCUUGAGAAGGCUGGUAUUGUGAAACCUGUCAGCACAGGAUCGAUGAUGUAUCCAUCUUAG